CCGCCAGCGGCAUUUCCUCCCGGCUCGGAGCCGCGCCGCCCGCGGACCCUCCUCCGAAGGGAGUCGGUUUCCUGCCGCCGCCGACGCCCGGCACUCGGCGCUGGCUCCCGGGGAGGACAUGGGCCCCCACGCCGCCCCGCUCCUGCCGCUGCUGCUGGCCCUGCUGGGCCGCCCGGAUGCUGGGAGAGCCGAGGGCUGCGACUUGCAGCCGGUGACGGCGGAGCCGCCCAUCACCCUGUCCUAUGCCACCAGCACGGUGCCGCGGGGCUGCGUCAGCAGCAGCUCGGUGGGCACCGACCGCGAACUCCAUGUCCUCAGCGUCAAGUGGUCCAAGGUCUCUGCCUUUCCACUGAAUGUGUUCAUCACACCGCGAGCUGGCAGCUGUACCAAGCCAGCGGUACUUGUCCUCCUGUGUGCCCGCUGUUUGGCCACCAUCACCUCCUCGUGCCCGGACCUGCUCGUCCACACCGACGCCCACCACAGCCUGGGGACCACCGUGACACUGGGACCCAAGCCACCCAUGGCCACCAGCGAGGGGCAGCUGCUGGCCUGGGCUCGGGUCACCUAUGGGGGCAUCACGUCCUACAGCGAGUUGCGGGACCCCCGCUGGGUCCAGCUCCGCCUGGGAGAAGAUGCCAGCAGCCCGCCAGACUGUGUCCCCCAGGAGCACUUCGAUGCGUCACUGCACCUCGAGACCGAGGUCUUCUUCCACGGGAUGAAGGGCUGCUCGCGCAGGGACACCCAGAGCACCAGGGACAACCCCAGCACCAGGGUCGCCCACAUCAUCCGCCUGCAGCCCGAGCCCAGUUCCGUGGUCACAGAGGUGAACCUGUCCCUGAGCUGUCCUGAGAGAGCUGCAAGCAACCAGAGCAACCAGCUCCUCAUCCUGCAGAGCCGGGCCAACCUCACCUGGUCCCUCUCCGUCAACAACUGCCACAUCCAGUUCAUGGCCUCCGGGAACUACAGAAUUGCACCCGUCUCCUCAAUGGUGCUCACCGGGGAGGUCCUGCCUGACACAGAGCGGGGCCUCAUCGCCAAAGCCUUCGAGAAGAACUACAGCAUCGUCGCCUCCUACUCCGUCAUCCCCACCAGCACCCGCGUCAGCCUGGAGAUCCAGGAACACGAGGCAGUCAGGAGGGUACCCACAACACCCAACCCCCCGGCCCCCACUGCCUACUCACUGCCCAGCAUGCUGCUGCUCACGCUCCAGCCCUGGAAGUGCACGGAUGAUACUUUGGAGAUCAUCAUCGCCAGGUCCCACCUGGAGCCCAUCAAGGACGUGGUGAACAUCACUUUGCGGGACAUCAGCUGCCAGGCAGAGAAAAACGCCACUCACUUCAUGCUGAAAACCCCCCUCAGCCACUGCGGCACCUCGCUGGAGAGCAGAGGCCAUGCCAACAACGAGCUCAUCCUCAACCUGGCCAAGGGCACGGUGCUCCAGAGCGUGCGGGUGGCUUUCCAGUGCGAGAUCCCACGGGAGCUCUUCCUGCGCCUCUUCCCCACCGCCGCCUUCGAGGCCCCGCAGACAGAGCUGGAGAUCAACAAGGAAACCUUUGUGCAGGCGUCCAUGCGGUGGGAGGACCACCCGGCGGACCUGCAGCUGAAGGAGUGCUGGCUGGUGGCGCCGGGGCGGGAGCCGGUGCUGCUGCUGCAGGGUGGCGAGGCGCGGGGCGCAGGGGUGGCCAUGCUGGAGGGGCCCCCCAGCAGCCGCGGGAGGAAGAUCUGGCGCUUCCGCUUCACCUACACCAUCCCCGAGGGCGGGCGCGUCCCCUUCUCUGCCACCCUCAAGUGCAAGGCUGGUUUGCAGAACAACACCAUCUUUGAGAAGGUCCUGGAGGUGACGGUGAAGGAUGGCUGGCGGCUGCCCAACAACCGUGGGCUGGGGCUGGCUGCCGUCCUGGGCAUCACCUUUGGCGCCUUCCUCAUCGGGGCUCUCCUGACCGCCGGGCUCUGGUACAUCUACUCGCAUACCCGUCCCAUCUCCAAACUGCAGCCGGUUUCCAGCACGGCGCCGGCCUCGGAGAGCAGCAGCACCAACCACAGCAUCGGCAGCACCCAGAGCACCCCCUGCUCCACCAGCAGCAUGGCCUGACCCCUCUGGGCCACCCCGAGCCCACGGCCACCGGACUUGGGGACCCGCCCCAACCCCAUUAAGCCAUUAUUUUGCCCCACAUCUCAGGCCGAGCCCAGAGGGGGCCUCCGUUACUCAUUCAGUGAAUGCUUUGGCCCCCCAAGGGCAGCCCGUGCUGGGGGGGGGCACCUGCAACCCCCACCUGGGAGUUCCCCGAUGCUGGGUGCACCGGGGAGGCGGACAGAGCAGCUACUGCCAAAGCCCCCCCAAGGCUCCCCAUCAAAUGGGGGGUGGGGCAAAAGUGGGUGCCCCCAGGACAUGCCCCAGCAUUUGGGGUGAUCCUCAUGCCCCUUCCGCAUCCCUCCAAGAAGGCAGCGGGUACCGCUGGGAGAGCAAGUGGUUUAUUGGGGGGGUACAGGGCUGCUGCCCCCACCGCAGGGUGAUAGGUAGAAACUACCCCCCAGCUCCCUAUCCAAGUUACAAACUUUUAUUAAUAAUAAUAAAAAUCUCCCCUACGUUAAA